UCGACACUGCAAGGUAUAUGAAGCGCCUCACGCGCACACUCACCUGCACCGUGCUGAAGACGUAUCCAGGCGUGGCUGGAAUUCAGAAUGCUUUGGUGCGGAGGUAUAGUGGCACUGCUGGUCACAGCGCUGGCCUUCUCUCCUGAGAGACUGUCAAGGGACACAGAUUGGGAAGUCUGGAAGACCACCCACAAGAAGCAGUACAGCAGCCUGGAGGAGGAGGAGCAGCGCAGGUCAGUCUGGGAGAAGAACACGCUGCUGAUCGAGGCCCACAACCUGGAGUAUGAGCAGGGCAUGCACUCCUAUCAGCUGGGCAUGAACCACCUGGGAGACAUGACCGCUGAGGAAGUGGCUGAGAAGAUGACCGGUCUGGUGGUUCCUCAGGCCAGAGAGACCAACAACACCUUCACUCUCGAUGACAUCCCCACAAAACUGCCCAAGGCCAUCGAUUACCGCAUACUUGGCUACGUCACGCCAGUCAUAAAUCAGGGCUCCUGCCAGUCCUGUUGGGCCAUCAGCGCCGCGGGGGCUCUGGAGGGUCAGCUAAUGAGGAGCCGGAGGAAGCUGGUGCCCCUCAGCCCCCAGAACCUGGUGGACUGCGUCAGGAGCAACUAUGGCUGCAUGGGCGGCUACAUGACCAACGCCUACAAGUACACAAUGAAGAAAGGCAUCAGCUCUGAGAGGAAAUAUCCCUACAUGGGCGCGGAGCAGAAUUGUACCUUUAACAGAUCAGACAGCGUGGCCCAGAUCUGGGACUUUAAGGAGCUCCCUGAGGGGAACGAGCGGGUCUUGCGGGCAGUCGUGGCCGUGCAUGGGCCCGUUUCCGUGGGGAUCAACACCAGAUCCCCAAACUUUACCUUCUACAAGAGCGGUGUUUACUACGACCCCGAGUGUAGCGGGGAGUACCUGAACCACGCCGUGCUGGUGGUCGGCUACGGCGUCACUCCCACCUGCAAGAAGUUCUGGAUCGUUAAGAACAGCUGGGGGCAAGCAUGGGGCGAUGGAGGGUAUAUUCUGAUGGCCCGGAACCGCAGAAACCUCUGUGGAAUCGCUAACCUGGCCAGCAUCCCCAUCAUGUGACCACCAGGGGGCGCAAAGAGGCCAAAAAGUGGAAAUAUAGCUCUAAUCUGAGCAUGACCUGUGUGCGUGUGACUGUGUGUAUGUGUUUCUGUGUGGGCGUGUGUGCCCUGUGUGUGUGUGCGCGCGGGUGCG